AUGUCUCUGCAGCGAAUCGCCAGGUGUACACACACCUCCUGCCUUGCCUUUGCUGCCUUUCACUCUCGCGCCGCCAAGUGCCCGCAGCCACCAGCAGCAAUAGCAGCAGCAGCAGCAGCAGCGAAGGCAGCAGCAGCAAAGGCAGCAGCAGCGAAGGCAGCAGCAGCAGCAGGAGCGGCAAGGAGGCACGAGUUUGUCUGUUCAUCCACAUGCGCCACACGGGGCCUUGAUGCUGCUUACUGCAGCAGCAGUAACAGCAGAACGCUUUGCAGCAGCAGCAGCAACAGCAGAAACUUGGGGAGUACCGACACUACGGACAGCAGCAGCAGCACAGCAGCAACUGCAGCAGCAGCAGCAGCACGCUGGUACCCUUUUUUGGGUCGUCGACGAGACCCUGCAAGUUUCCUUCAGACUGAAGGGCUGCUGCAGCAACUGCUGCCGCAUGCAGCAGCAGCAGCUGCUGCUGCUGCUGAGCCACUCUGCACAGACAAUGAAGACUGUGAGGCAGCAGCAGCAGCGGCAGCAGCAGCAGCGGCAGCAGCAGCAAGUGCAGUUGCUUCUGACGAGCAGAAGCAAAUCGCAGCUUCUGUGGGGAGUGCCGUCGGUCAGUUCAAAGCGUUUGCUGCUGCUGCUGCUGCUGCUGUGGAAGCAACAGAAGCAGCGCUUCAGCAAAUCGUUGUGGAGAUCCCCACCCCCGCCAGUGCACAGCAGCAGCAGCAGCAGCAAGCAGCAGCACAAAUCCCCGUUGACGUCCUGGGCGACUUCGCCUAUUACUGCCGGCCUUCCCCCUUCUGCUCUGAAUGCGCCGUCCUCUGCCGCAAGCCCCUUCCACAGCAGCAGCAGCAGCAGCAGCAGCAACAGCAGCACCAGCAGCAGCCUUUGGAGUCGCUGUUCGAUCUGCUGCAACAGCAGAGGGGCGGAGAUACGGAACUGUUGCUGCAGCAGGAAGCCACUGCGUUGCUGCUGGAGGGAGAGGAGCAGAUUCUGGACCUUGGUGCGUUCAAGCUGCAGCAGCAGCAGCGGCAGCAGCAGCAGCAGCAGCAGCAAGCAGCAAUCCCUGUGCUGCGCAGCAUGAGGGUGUGGGGAGACAGAGGACUCGUUGUUGGUAUUUCAGUUGACCCGGAAGGCGCAGACAGGCCGCUGGCGUUGCUGCGGAUCAGCAGCAAACAGUGUAGCAGCAGCAGCAGCUGCGGCAGCAGCAGCAGCAGCAGCACGAGGUGCAGCAGCAGCAGCUGGUGCAGAGAAAGACAGCCGCCGCACCUGCUAUCCCCUUGGGAGUGGCUGCCUGCGGCCCCAGAUGUGAGGGAUGUCUCUGGCAUCGAAUUUUGUGCUGCUGAUGCAGCAGCAGCAGCAACAGCUGCAGCACAGGAUCCAGCCGCAGCAAAAACAGCAGCAGCAGCAGUAUCUGCAGCAGCAGGGUCACCGGCAGCAAUGGCAGCAGCAGCAGCCAGAACACAAAAAGCAGCAGCAGCAGUAGCAGACUUCACCAGUGCCGGGGGUACAGCUGAAAGCUUCUAUACUGCUAAAGCCCCCCUUUGUCCUUCUGCUGCUUCUGCUUCUGCUGCUGCUGCUGCUACUGCUGCGCAGCCGUUUGUGCUCUUUGCGUCGGAGGUUGACAGCAAAACUCUAAGGGCCACCCGAGUUGUUCGCCUCUGCUUCAGUCCUUGGCGGCUGGCCCCUGCAGCUGCAGCAGCAGCAGCAGCAACAUACACUGCAGCAGCAGCAGCAGCAGCAGCAGUACAAUGCGAAGUCAACAUUCUCACUGAUUGUGAGAAGACAACGCAGCUGAGGUGGACUUUUCCGUUUGUGUUACGGGAGAAGCAGCUGUUGCUGCCCCCUGCAGGCUCGGCUGCAGCUGCUGCAGGCUCGGCACUUCACUAUGACGUGGGACUGAGCAAAGACAAACAAUACAUCUUUUUCACAGCAACGAACAGGAGUUGUACGUACACCUGGGCGCUUCGAGAGAAAGACCCUUAUGGGACUCCUCGGCUGCUUUUUUGUGGAACUCCUCACUUCUUCGAGUCUGUGUCUGCCUUCGUCUACUUAUUUAUUUGCUGCCCCUCUGGUGAAUUUCGCUGCUACGCACUGCAGCAGCAAUUUCUUGAGGCUGCCCUCACAGCAGCAGCAGCAGCAGCAGCGCCAGCAGCAGCAGCAGCAGCGCCAGCAGCAGCAGCAGCAGCGCCAGCAGCAGCAGCAGCAGCAGCAGCAGAACCUGAGCAGCAGCACGAAGGUGCCCUGGCGUCUGUACACCCGGCAAACACUUCCUGUCAGCAGCGCCCUACCCACGAGCGAUUUGCAGAGAAAGAAGGGGGGCAUGUGCAGCAACAGCAGCAGCAACAACAACAGCAGCAGCAGCAGCUGCCGCUGCUGCUGCUCUACAGGGGGCAGGGGCUGCGGGUGAGAGAUGCUGACGUAAUGCAGCAGGGCAUUGUGGUGUACGCGCAGCUGCCGGCAGCUCGCAAUAUGCUUCUCGUGAUCAAGCCACCUGCUGCUGCAGCAGCAACGGCAGCAGCAGCAAAGACUGCUGCAGCCGCAGCAGCGCUAGCAGCUGCUGCAGCAACCGAAGCGGAUAGUGCAGGAGCUACUGAAAGCACAGAGAAGGCGGCAGCAACAGCAAGCAGGCUGGACUCUUAUGAGCAGCCCCUGCAGCAGCAGCAGCAGCCAUUGAUUUCAGCUGCUUGCACAAAUGCAGCGAAGUGGAACAGCCCUGCAGCAGCAGCAGCAGCAGCAGUGCCAGCCACUGCUUCUAUGCAGGCCUCGUUGCCGCUGGGAGGAACAGGGCUUCUCUCUGCUGCAGCAAACGCAAAUCCACGUGCUGCAGUGGUGCGGCUGCUGCUGCAGACGCCGCUGCACCCUGCAGUCUCUGUGCGCCUGCAUGUGCCCUCCUGCAGCCUCUCGCUGCAGCAGCAGCAGCAGGUGAUGCUGUUGCAGGCUCAGCUGCUGCAGCGCAUCCGUGCUUUGUGCGCUAGCUUGCCAGCAGCAGUCACAGGGAGCCAGCGUCAGUGCAGCAGCAGCAGCAGCAGCAGCACAAUGAGCCCUGUAGGCUUAUCAGGACGCAUCAGGCGGUGGUCUCGUUGGGCGCAAGGGCUGCAACAGCAGCAGCAGCAGCAGCAGUGGGCAGCCGACUCUUUUUCUUCUCAGUUUGCUGUUGAAGUUCUGCUCGCCCCUUCGAGAGAUGCCCAGGCUGUAAUACCAAUAACUCUUAUUCUGCCCAAGGCAGCAGCAGCCUGCCUCCAGGCGCAGCAGCAGCAGCAGAAGCUACAGCAGCAGCUGCUGCAGCAGCAACAGCAGCAGCGACAAGAGCAACUGCAUCCCUUGCCGGACACAGCAGAAAAAGCGCAUGCAGCAGCACAGACGCUUGCCUUCAGUUCAUGCAUGGAAGCCAGAAGGAGCACAGGCAGCAGCAGCAGCAGUGAGUGCAGCAGCAACAAUAGCUGCAGCAGCGGCAGCAGCAACAGCUGCAGCAUCCUGGUGCAACUUCCGGCGUCUUCCCCGUUGCUGCUGCGCUUUCCGUGGUCGGUUGGUGGCGCUGCUGCUGCUCGCUGCAGUUUGCUGCUGCAGGUUUACGGGGCCUACAAGGAGCCUUUAGCUGCUGCGUUCGAUGCUGCUGCUGCGCUGCUGCUGCAGCAAGGGUGGGCUGUUGGCUUCGUGCAUGCGCGGGGGGGAGGGGAUAUCCCAGGAGAAGCAGCAAGCGACGGCAGGGGGCCCCACAAAUCCCAAACAGCAGCAGAUGCUGCUGCUGCUGUUUCUUAUCUGCAUGCGCUAGGCCUCAGCAGCCCGCAGGCAACAGCGCUGCAAGCAGCAUCAGCGGGUGCUGUUGCUGCUGCUGCUCUGCUGCUCUCCAGCAAGCGCAGCGCGGCUCUGCCAGCCCAAAGCUCCUCAGCCAGCCAGCAGCAGCAGCAGCAACAGCAGCAGCAGCAGCAGCAGCAACCAAGAGAGGCUUGGGUACGUUGCUUGCUGCUGGACAGGCCCUUCAUCGAUGUCUGGUCCGCCAUGGAGGACCCUUCGAUGCCUCUAACACAACUCGAGGUUGAAGAGUGGGGCUGCAUGCAUGCACGGUGUAGCGGCAGCAGCAGCAGCAGCAGCAGCAGCGGAGCUGCAGCAUUGGACGGGACCGACCCAUGGGCUGUGUGGGCAGCUGUGGCCAAGGAUGAGGCUGCAACCGAUUGCUGCAGCAUUGCUGCUUAUUCUUGUUACGAGCAACUCUUGCUGCUACAGCAGCAGCACGAGGCGCAGCAGCAGCAAGCGCAGCAACAGCAACAAGUGCAGCAGCAAGAACAGCAGCAACGCCCGCAGGCAACGCCGCUGCCUUACCCGUUUCCAAGUGUGCUGCUAACAACAACUCUCAGCGACACGAGGACCCCGCCGUGGCAUGCAGCAAAACUAGCAGCACUUCUUUGUAGCUUCCAACAGCGGCAGCAGCAGCAACAGCAGCAGCAACAACAGCAGCAGCAGCAGCGGGUCUAUUUGCGGUGCCUCUUGUCGGGCUCAGGGCACUACGGGGAGUUGGAGCAGCAGCAAGAAACGAAGACAGCAGCUGAGACUGUUUGCUUCCUCUUGUCGCAGAUGUCUGGCUGCAGCGUUUCCGCUCAUCCAGCCUCAACUCCAAACCCUAAAUCCUAA